GGCGGCGGUUGUGCUCGCGGCGCGUUCGGGUGGGACCACAAUCAACCCCACAACGAACCCGCCCAAAAUGUAUUUCUGCUUGCGUCUCGCGCGGUUAUUCCUGAUCUCGGCGAUUUUGUGCGUCGGUCUGUGCUCCGAAGAUGAGGAGAGAUUGGUGCGAGAUUUAUUCAGAGGGUACAAUAAACUCAUCCGACCAGUGCAAAAUAUGACGGAGAAGGUACACGUGAGGUUCGGCCUCGCCUUUGUGCAGCUGAUCAAUGUGAACGAAAAGAACCAGAUCAUGAAAUCGAACGUAUGGUUAAGAUUUGUAUGGAUGGAUUAUCAAUUGCAAUGGGAUGAAGCAGAUUACGGCGGAAUCGGCGUCCUGAGAUUACCACCCGACAAAGUGUGGAAACCGGAUAUAGUGUUAUUCAAUAAUGCUGAUGGCAACUAUGAGGUUCGUUACAAGAGUAACGUGUUAAUAUAUCCGAACGGCGAGGUGCUCUGGGUGCCGCCAGCGAUUUACCAAAGCUCGUGCACGAUCGAUGUCACAUAUUUUCCCUUCGAUCAACAGACAUGCAUUAUGAAAUUUGGUUCGUGGACCUUCAACGGCGAUCAAGUCUCUCUCGCGCUUUACAAUGAUAAGAAUUUCGUCGAUCUGUCCGAUUAUUGGAAAAGCGGCACAUGGGACAUCAUCAGCGUCCCGGCGUAUCUUAAUACUUAUCAAGGUGAUUUUCCCACGGAGACGGACAUCACUUUUUACAUAAUUAUCCGCAGGAAGACUCUCUUUUACACAGUAAACUUGAUACUGCCAACAGUUCUAAUCUCUUUCCUUUGCGUACUCGUCUUCUAUCUUCCUGCGGAAGCUGGCGAGAAGGUCACUUUGGGUAUCAGCAUUCUUUUAUCUCUGGUUGUGUUUCUUCUAUUAGUCAGCAAAAUUCUACCGCCUACUUCUCUUGUACUGCCGCUAAUAGCCAAAUAUUUGCUCUUCACAUUUAUUAUGAAUACCGUCAGUAUCCUUGUAACUGUUAUCAUUAUCAACUGGAACUUUCGCGGACCGAGGACCCACAGAAUGCCUCAGCUCAUACGCAAGAUCUUCCUUAAAUAUCUGCCAACAAUUCUGUUCAUGAGGCGGCCAAAGAAAACACGAUUGAGAUGGAUGAUGGAAAUACCGAAUGUAACACUGCCAGCUUCCACAUAUUCCGGAAGCCCGACCGAGGUGCCGAAACACCUGCCAGCUUCUUUGGCCAAAUCGAAGAUGGAGGUGAUGGAGCUAUCCGAUCUGCAUCAUCCGAAUUGUAAGAUUAAUCGUAAGGUACACCACACCACGAGCAGCUCCAGCGGUGCUGGAGGAGGGGAGGGCAUGGGGGACAGAAGAGGAUCCGAAAGCUCGGACUCCGUGUUGCUCAGCCCGGAAGCCAGCAAGGCCACCGAGGCCGUGGAAUUUAUAGCGGAGCAUCUCAGGAACGAGGACUUGUAUAUACAGACAAGGGAAGAUUGGAAAUACGUUGCAAUGGUGAUCGAUCGACUGCAACUUUAUAUCUUCUUUAUAGUGACGACCGCAGGUACCGUCGGAAUCCUAAUGGACGCUCCUCACAUUUUCGAGUACGUAGACCAGGAUCGUAUUAUAGAAAUUUAUCGCGGAAAAUAAAAUCUGAUUUAUCUUAAUGAAUCGCAAUUAUAAAUAAUGUGCCAUCGUUAAUGGCCGUUCUCAUUUCGUCCUUUUCAAAAUCGAUUUCAACGUCAUGUGAAUAAGUUUGCCAUGACAGUUGUAAACAUAUAACGUUUACAACUCAAGCAGUUAUUCAACACACAAGUAAUUAUUUUUUAUACAGAUUUCUAUCAAAUCUUAUGCAAAGUACAAAUUUAUUUAAUGAAAGUUUCAACUCAAUCUGCUGCCAUUGCAUGUGUGUAUAUUUUUUUGUUGUUUAAAAUUAAUGAAAUUUUUUACUUGCAAACGUUCUCAGUUGCAAAGUUUGUGCGGGCAAUCGAAAUGGCAUACAUUACGUAAAUAAUAAUUCCAUUAGCGUUAAUCCAGGCUGCCUCUGCGAUUGUUGUCUUCCCCCAAUGCCAUUAACUUCCGAUAGCUCUAACGCGACGUGCUUAGACGAAAGAUUUGCGAAGCAACCAAACCGAAUGGUUUUCGUCUCUUAUUUUAUCGGAGGAAAUAAUAUUUCCAAAAUUCUUGAGGACGUUAUAUAUUACAUAUAAAAAUUAUUUGCUGAUUUUUUAAUUUUUAUGAGAUGACAUCGUAUAUUUAACUAAAGAGAUAUUUCUAUUUAAUAUUCAAUUGGUCUUUAAAUUAGUAAUUCUAUUUCUUAAAAUAAUUUAGAAAUUUUGUUUCAAGGAAAGAGAGAUAUAUAUGGCGUAAAUUAUCUUAAUAAUGAUGUAUUUUAUAUUGGAUAAAUUUUGGUUAAAAAGAAUUUGACUUUUAAUUAUUUAAGGAUAAUAUUUUAUUAGUUUGUAACAGAUAUAUAGUUCUACCUGUUGAUUAUGAAAUUAAUAAUAUAAUAUAAAUAUCUCAUUGGAAAUAUCAUGUUUGCGCCUUCAGUACCAACUACCACGUAACACACUUAAUGUUAAACGAUGAAAUCCGCUUAUGUAGUAUUAUAUAAUAUCCAUAACUAGAAAAAUGCAAAAUUAAUUAAUGAAUUUUUGGCAAGAUUAUUAUAAUAUUAAUAUAACAAUGAUACGCACAAAUACAUGUUUAGGCAACUAUAUCCAUAUCUCUUAAUUAGAAUACAAAUAAUUCAAUAGGUAGCAAAUAUACAUAUAACAAAAAAUAUUAUUUAUAUUAUAAAAUAAUUCAAAUUUAUAAGGAAUUCACGUUUAACAUUAAAAAUUAUGUAAAAUUUUUGCGUAUUUUUUUAUGGUUGUAGUUUUAUCAUAAAUUAUUAAUGGAUCUAUCUAUUAAAUGUACAUUUUUUUUUUGUUUUUUAAUCUGAGUUGUCGAAAGUAUGCAUGUUUAAUAUAUGUACGUAAUAUGUAACAUUAACAAAUUUAGUAUUAAAUGUGCGAUGAGAAAACGGUCCUUUAUUUGAUUUCUUGAUCGCAAUUUUGGCGAUCAAUUUCGACCAGUAUCGAUCAAAAAAGUCUCAAAUGUCAAAGUUAAAAAUCUCCUUGUAAAAUAAGGUCGAAACAAUGCGCAUUCAUGUGCGAAUAAAUAUGCGGAAUCAAUGUUGCGACAAUGGCUUAGAUAUAGAUUUGAAAUAAUUUUGAUAAUAAUGCAAAUCAUCGUUGCCACAUUGUAAUUUAGCUGAGCUCACAUUUGAUACUCGUCGUCGUGUUGUAUUGAUAGAAUUGCGACGACUUCAACAUGCUCGUCAAAUAUUUGCACUGACGAGUUUCUAAUGACAAAUUUCAUGCGAGCAUGAAAGUUUGUUCAUUAGACUGAUAUAAAUUAUGAAGGGAUUUUUUUUCGUGUCUACACGCGAUGAGUUUAGAGCGCAAUGGAAGACCAAUACAAGUCAAGGUAUAAUUAAGCAGAAUUUUUUUGACUGGAAUGAUAAAACAAAUCUAUUCAUAAUGAAAUUGUUUGCAUUUUUGUUCAUUUUAAAUAGAAAUUACAUUUUCAGAAUGUGUUAUGACUGAAAAAUUGGCCUUCCUGAAAUUAAAACUAAAAUAAUUCAAACAUAUUUAUUGUUAUGGAGUUAUUUCAAUAGUUAUUAUUGAAUACAUUGUGUAGAAUAUAUAAACAUAAUAUAUACAUGUUUUUUAUUGUUUAAGUUUCUUUUCAUGCCCAAAUAUUUUUAUCAAUUUUAUUGUUGUUACUUUACAAACAUAAAAGUAAAAUGGAUAGUUUUUAUGAUCAUAACUAACUUAUAUGCUAUGUAAUAGAAUUUAAUAAAAAGUUUUGUCGUAAUAUAUGAAAUAAAUAAAUAAAGCAAAAAUAGAUAACGUUUAGUUAUCUAGACAGAUAUGUUUAGUUAAAUGCGGGAUGAGCCAAUGUAUUUGCGCUAUAAUAUAAAUGCGCAUUAGAAGAAACGCAAAUUCUACGUUCAACAUAAGAAUGUAAAAUUAUCGUGCGUUAAUAGAACAUUAUACUCAUACUUAUAUCGUAUUGUAUUGCGUAUAUUGUACAGAGAGACUGUCAAACGGUCGUGUUCUUUAAUAGAACAUUUAGUUGAGAGAAAAGUUGCAUUGUCGAAUAAUGAGGAUUUAUAUGUAAGUAGUGAAACGACCGAAAAAAAUGUAGUUCUCUUUAUAUUCAUUUAUAAUUUUGUGUAAUUGUAAUUUUUUAUCACAUCUCUCAACGUAUAGAUAUUUGCAAAUUUAUAAGUUUUAUCAAUUUUCCUUGCAAAACUCAUACAUGACGAUUCAUUCGAUUAUGUCAAGAUUUUCAAUUGUUAAUUAAUCAGUUUCACAAAUUUUUUUUUAUAUGUAUGAUAAGUAGUUAUUGUAUUUAUAUAAAUAUUUUAUCCUAUUUGAUGAAAUUUAAUGUUGUAGUUGUGAUAGUUUUCAAAAGUAUUUAUGUCUGUCUAAAUUGAUUGUUAUAUUUGUUCAAGUAAAAUGAGUUUAUUUGCUCAAAGAUGCUUGAUAAUAAUAGCAAUAGUUGAUGUAGAACAAAAAAGAAAUCAUUCUUAAUUAUAAUUCUUUAGGUCGGUUAUAGCGAAUUGUAGAAGAAAAGGAAAGAGAGGAAUAUAUACAACCUUAUGUAAUUUUCAAAAUUUAUAAUAUAAAUUUUUUGUUUAAUUUUGAUAAGUUAUUAACAGUCACGAAUUUUAUUUUAUUUACAAAUUUCAUUUCUAUAAGCAAAUUUUCUUUGUGGUAUAAUUCAUUAAAGAAAAAUUACUGUAGAUCCAUAAUUGAUGUAACGAGAAUAAUUUGUCUCUGUGUUGCAAUGCGUUGAUUACUGAUAGCGCAUGACGUGUCUUCCUCAAAAGAAAUACAAUAAUUAAAAUUUUUAGAGACCACGCCCUGUGUAUUUAUUUCAGCUUUUUCACGUUUUCUGAUGAGUUUUAUCUAAUUUAUUGAACGUAAUUUAAUAUAAACAAUAACAGUAAAAAAAAUGUACAUUUUAGCCAGAGUAUAUGCGUUUCUUAUCUGCAAAAUGGAUGAUCACCGCAUCAGCAAAUAUAUAUUAUAGUUUACUUCUGCGCAUCAAACGAGAAACCGUUAUUGUUGAAUCUACCAAGUUUGUACUUUAUUAUGCAUGAUAAAUAAUAGUGACUAUAUAUUCAUUCAUUACUCUAUAUUGGUAGGUAAAAAAGAAUUUUAACGUAAUAAUUAAGUAGUCCUUUUUAUAAUGAAAUAACACAUCAAUAAAAUCAUCGAAUUUCAUACCUUCA